AUGGCCAGAACCAAGCAGACCGCCCGUAAGUCCACCGGAGGCAAAGCCCCCCGGAAGCAGCUCGCCACCAAGGCAGCCCGUAAGAGCGCCCCGGCCACCGGCGGCGUGAAGAAGCCCCACCGUUACCGUCCCGGGACCGUGGCUCUGCGGGAGAUCCGCCGCUACCAGAAGUCCACCGAGCUGCUGAUCCGCAAGCUGCCCUUCCAGCGUUUGGUGAGGGAAAUCGCGCAAGAUUUCAAGACCGACCUGCGCUUCCAGAGCUCCGCCGUCAUGGCUCUGCAGGAGGCCAGCGAGGCCUACCUGGUGGGGCUGUUCGAGGACACCAACCUGUGCGCCAUCCACGCCAAGAGGACCCCCACCCCUCCCCCUACAGCACCCCAACGGCUCUUUUCAGAGCCACCAACCCCCUCAAAGAGAGCUCAGCCCUCCAUCUUGAUUCUUCAUUCAGCUGCUUUCAUCGAAGCAAACAUGGCAGAAGAAGCUCCCGCAGCCGCGCCGGCCAAAGCCCCGGCCAAGGCCCCGGCAAAGGCCCCCAAGAAGAAGGCAGCCGCCCCCAAGGCAAAGGCGGACGGACCCAGCCUCCCCAAGCUGGUGGUGGCCGCCGUGGCCGAGUCCAAGGAGCGGAAGGGCAUGUCUCUGGCGGCGCUGAAGAAGGUGCUGGCCGCGAAGGGCGUGGACGUGACCAAGGCCAACAAGCGGAUCAACACCGCCGUCACCAAGCUGGUCACCAAAGGCACCCUGAGCCAGACCAAGGGCACCGGGGCCUCCGGCUCCUUCAAGCUGGCCAAGGAGCCCAAAGCCGCCAAGCCCGUGAAGAAGGUGGUGAAGAAGAAGGCUCCCGCCAAAGCCAAGAAGCCCGUUGCCGCCGCCAAGAAGGCGACCCCCAAGAAGGCUGCCCCCAAGAAGGCCGCCCCCAAGAAGUCCCCCAAGAAGGCUCCAGCCAAGAAACCGGCUAAGAAGGUGGUCAAGAAGAGCCCCAAGAAGGCCCCCGCCAAGAAGCCCAAAGCGGCCGCAAAGAAGCCGGCAGCAAAGAAAACUGCCGCCAAGAAGCCGGCAGCCAAGAAGGCCAAGAAGAAGGAGAGCUACGCCAUCUACGUGUACAAGGUGCUGAAGCAGGUCCACCCCGACACCGGCAUCUCCUCCAAGGCCAUGAGCAUCAUGAACUCUUUCGUCAACGACAUCUUUGAGCGCAUCGCCGCCGAGGCUUCCCGCCUGGCUCACUACAACAAGCGCUCCACCAUCACCUCCAGGGAGAUCCAGACCGCCGUGCGCCUCCUGCUGCCCGGAGAGCUGGCCAAGCACGCCGUGUCCGAGGGCACCAAGGCCGUCACCAAGUCCACCACUUCCAACACAAUGAGCGGCAGAGGAAAGGGAGGCAAAGGUCUCGGGAAAGGGGGCGCUAAGCGCCACCGCAAAGUUCUCCGUGAUAACAUCCAGGGCAUCACCAAACCCGCCAUCCGCCGCCUGGCCCGCCGCGGCGGAGUCAAGCGUAUCUCCGGCCUCAUCUACGAGGAGACCCGCGGGGUGCUCAAGGUCUUCCUGGAGAACGUCAUCCGGGACGCCGUCACCUACACAGAGCACGCCAAGAGGAAGACCGUGACCGCCAUGGACGUGGUGUACGCGCUCAAGAGGCAGGGCCGCACUCUGUACGGUUUCGGAGGCUAA